AUUUUGUAUCUUUGGAGCAUGGCCGACUCACGCUACAACGCCCGCGGGGUCUCGGCCGGCAAGGAAGACGUCCACAACGCGAUCAAGAACGUCGACAAGGGCCUCUUCCCGCAGGCCUUUUGCAAGAUCGUGCCCGACUACCUCUCGGGCGACGACGAGCACUGCAUCGUCAUGCACGCCGACGGCGCGGGCACCAAAUCCGCGCUCGCCUACAUGUACUGGAAGACGACCGGCGACCUCUCGGUCUGGAAGGGCAUCGCCCAAGACGCACUCAUCAUGAACAUUGACGAUCUCCUCUGCGUUGGCGCCGUCGACAAGAUCUUGUUGAGCUCGACCAUCGGCCGCAACAAGACGCUCGUGCCCGGCGACGUCAUCUCGGCCAUCAUCAACGGCACCGAAGAGCUGCUCUCGACCUUGCGCUCGCAAGGCAUUGGCAUCCACUCGACGGGCGGCGAGACCGCCGACGUCGGCGACCUGGUGCGCACGAUCAUCGUCGACUCGACCGUCGUCUGCCGCAUGAAGCGCGCCGACGUCAUCUCCAACCACACGAUCCGCGCCGGCGACGUCAUUGUCGGCCUUGCCUCGUUUGGCCAAGCCACGUACGAGACCGAGUACAACGGCGGCAUGGGCAGCAACGGGCUCACGUCGGCGCGCCACGACGUGUUCCACCACGCGCUGGCGACGCAGUUUCCCGAAUCGUUCGACCCGAACGUGCCGAAGGACCUUGUCUACUCGGGCUCGAAGGCGCUGCUGGACACGGUCGCUAACGCGCCGCUGAGCGCUGGCAAGCUCGUGCUCUCGCCGACGCGCACGUAUGCGCCAAUCAUCAAGAAGAUUUUGGACAGCGUCGCCCGGUCGUCGAUCCACGGCAUGGUGCACUGCUCGGGCGGCGCGCAGACCAAGGUGCUCCACUUUGUGCAGAAUGUCCACGUGAUCAAGGACAACUUGUUUCCGAUCCCGCCGCUCUUUGAGCUCAUCCAGACCGAGUCCAAGACGGCGUGGAAGGAAAUGUACCAAGUGUUCAACAUGGGCCACCGCAUGGAGCUGUAUGUGUCGCCCGAGACGGCAGCGGAGAUCAUUGCUAUCUCCAAGUCGUUCAACGUCGAGGCGCAGAUCGUCGGCCGCGUCGAGGCGCACGUCGGGAAGAAGGUGACGAUCCAAUCGCCGUACGGCACCUUUGAGUACUAAGUUCUGAAUUCCACCAUUUUACUAUUGACUAUCGCU